GAGACCAGGACCGUUCGCCGGCCGACGGCGCAGUUCAGAAGCGGGGUGUCAGGGGUUUGCCGGACGGCAAAGCCCGGAAGAUGUGAGCUCGGUUACCUUCUGCCAGGGGCACCUUUGUAAGUUGCUGUCACUCCCGCCGCAGAGGAGAUGCUGCGGCCCGAGGACUCGUCCUGGAGCAUUUCGUUCGCCGGCUGCGGUUUUCUGGGCAUUUACCAUGUCGGAGUGGCCAGCUGCCUGUGUGAGCACGCCCCGCAGCUGGUGCACAACGCCAGCAACAUCUACGGGGCAUCGGCGGGCGCGCUGACAGCCUGCGCCUUGGUCAGCGGAGCCUGCCUCGGAGAAGCUGGUGCAAAUAUUAUUGAUGUUUCUAAAGAAGCACGCAAGAGAUUUCUGGGCCCACUCCACCCUUCCUUUAACAUGGUGAAGAUGAUCCGUAGCCGGCUUUACAGGGGGCUUCCAGACAACGCGCACGAGCUAGCAACAGGUCGACUGGGCAUUUCUUUGACUCGUGUGUCUGAUGGAGAGAAUGUGUUGGUGACCACAUUUAACAAUAAAGAGGAGCUUGUACAGGCCUGCAUAUGCAGCACAUUUAUUCCCGUGUACUGUGGACUAAUACCACCAACGUUGCAAGGCGUGCGAUACGUCGACGGAGGAAUUACCGAUAACUUACCUCAGUAUGAACUCAAAAACACAAUUACAGUGUCACCCUUUGCUGGAGAGAGCGACAUCUGUCCUCGGGAUUACUCCAGCAAUAUGCACGAGUUGAGAAUAACGAAUACCAGUAUCCAGUUGAACCUGCAGAACAUGUACCGUCUUUCCAAGGCCUUAUUUCCUCCUGACCCAGAGGUAAUGCGGGAUAUGUGUAAGCAGGGAUACAGUGACGCCCUUGACUUCCUCAAGAGGAAUGCUUUGUUAAACAGGCCACAGCCUCUGUGCGGCCCUCCGCAGUCUGCUCCAAACGAGUGUGAUACGGUUGCCGAUGACGAUGAUGAAGAAGGAGCAAUGGAAGCAGCAGAGGAAAAUCAAGUGGGUGUGGUGGGUGGUUUCAGUAAGAACAAUGACCAGAUUCUGGAGCACCUGUCACCACGGCUUCACCAAGCACUGAUUGAAGCCUGUGCUGAAAAAAGGGGCUUAAACACUGUCUUUUCAAACAUGCUGCCAGUCCGUUUAGUCUCUGCCAUGAUGGUCCCAUAUACUUUGCCCCUGGAAUCAGCAGUUUCAUUCACUGUAAGAAUCCUGGAGUGGUUGCCCGAUCUCCCAGAAGACGUUGACUGGAUGAAAGGUCAGAUCACCAAUGUGUUGUGGUACUUCGUCACAAAUGCCAAGGCAAGACUGGGACAUCAUCUUUCCACAAGGCUGCAAUAUAAUAUCAGGCUACAAAGGACCCAAAGCCUUUUCAUACCACAGUCGCCUCCUACCAGGUCUCUCCGGCAGUGGAUCCGAAGCAAUACUUCGGUGAUGGAUCUCAUUUUGAAAUGUGAACAGUACCAACGUCACCUGUGGCCCAGCAUGCCCCUUAUGAAUUGGAAAAUUGAGGGCUCCAUCUGCCAGCAGGAUCUGGAUCCUGGUUUAGAAAUGAAACCAACACCCUCAGGGACCAGAUUUGACCAUUAGAAGGGGCACACUUCCAUACAGGGCACCUCUUAUUCAAUUACCAGCCAGCUUUACUUUACACAUGCAUCUUGUACAGUUUCUUCUUUUGUAUCAAUGUGCUGUGUGGAAAUAACCUUUUUGAAACCCUGUGGAAUUACGUGAGCCACUCAUGAAGCCAAGCCUCUUGUCAAGCAAUUGAACAAGUUAUUCUCAGUUAACUAUUUCUGUAGAGUGUUACCAAUCUGUUUACUGGGAUGCACCCACAUCCAGUUCAGUGAUGCAAUACCUGCAUUGUGGUAAUUGUUUAUUUAAUAUAAUUUUGUUACUUCUUGAAAUGUGAUUUGACAUUUUACAAUUUUUAAAAAGAUAUUUAAUUGAGAAAUUAGGUAAAAACAAAUUUCAGUGAGCAUUCAGUCGAAGUUAUGGAGCUGAAUUUAGCUGGUGAACUGAAUCUCCAAAUGGAAUUGUGAGUUCUCAAACUGAAGAAAUCUACAAUGAAGACCCAAAGAUAAACUUAAUCUUAUUUUUAAAAAAAUCUGUAGAUGGAGGGGUCAUAUUUACAAAAUUAAUAAUUUCUAGCAAAGUUGCUUACUGGAGAUUAAGUAACCAUUUUCAUACCUCAUCACUAUACACACAGGAUCAGUGCAACACUUCUAUGCCAGAUCAAUGCAAUUUUAUGCUACUUCUUUUGUCCAUUUUAUUUGGAACUACUACUGCAAUGUAUUUAAAAUGCUAUUCUUUUGUUUAAAGUCUUGCUUUUUUUUAACCUCCUGAAUGUAUUUGGUGUUAAAAAUGUUGCUGUUUCAAAAAAGUUUACCCAUUUAUAUUUAUAAGUUGUUUCUGUAAGAUUUUUUGUCAUAUGCUUUGACCACUCAAUUCAUAUAUCAAAUUAUAGUUUAGUUUAAUGUUAUUUUGUUUCUGAUCCACUGUUUUUAGGUAUUAAGACUCCUCCAAUGUUAUCUAUGACCUUUAGCUCUUCAGGAUGUAAUCUUUGAACUUCCAUGUUUGUAGAUGCAUAUAAUUCAUUACUUGUAGAAUAAAAGCAAUAGUUAGGGGCAUUUAGGUACAUUAGGGACAUUUAAGAGACUCUUAGACACAUGAGUGAAAGAGAAAUGGAGGGCUAUGUGGGAGGAAAGGGUUAGAUAGAUCUUAGAGCAGGAAAAAUGUCGGCACAACAUUGUGGGCCAAAGGGCCUGUACUGUGCUGUAAUAUUCUAUGUUCUAUGUAACAGCCAAAAUCAAUGUAAACAGCCAAAAGCAAUGAAUUUCCCCACUGCAUCCAGACAGCCAAGACCAACAAGAGGUCACCUACCCAUUGCUUGAUUAACAGAUUGUUUAGAGUACUCAAGUAGGCGAAAGGGAAAAAACAUACAGAAGGACAAUUCUUGGAAGUUUAUUUUAGAAUUUGAGGAUGGAAGUUAGUGGGGCAGUUGUGAAUAAAAUGGCGAUAUUGUAUCAGGAGCCUGCUGUUUGAACUGUCUGCUAUUCGGAGCUUGGACAUUAUUGGUUCUGAAUACUGGGUGGAAUGGCCAGUGCUUAUUUUGUGCUGGUGCCCAAGAUGAACUUUGGAACCUUCACACAUCCAUUACCAUUGAACAUUGUAAUUCAACAGGUAGUUUUAGGAAGACAGCAUUCUGUCAGCUCUCGUUUGAUAAGCUAUUCUAUUAUUUUUAUAAUAAUCUUUGUGUACACAACACUGUGAGCCUAGAGCUGUCUUGUAAGCAUACUAUUAUCAUUUUUAUUGUUAAUUCAUAUUUGAGACAUUAUUGUCCAGAGUCAUUAUUCAUCCCUAGUCAGGAGCAUAUAUAUAUAUCUCGAGGACACAUUGUAGAGUGUCUCAGAAAUUCAGUUCCAUUAAAAUCAGUGAAAUUUCAGGGCCAAUGUAACACUGCUAUCCAGGGAUGAAUUGCUAGGCCCAGGUAUUUCACAGGUAUCCACUUCCCCAUUUAAAACUGUAUAGAAUCCAGUGUGGAUUAAUCUCUUGAUCCAACUAUUGUUGUCGUUCUUAUCUGGUUUAUUGAGUAAGUGGAACUGAAAAAUGGUGGGCAGUUUGAACCUCUAAAACAUAGUUGUUUGUAAUGUAACUCCAUUGUUUUUCAUUCUGCUUUAGGUCUUUUCCAGUACUUUACUGAGGGAGUUGGCAAGUGAUUUGUUGUAGAGCCCUUGCCCUGUACAGUUGUGAAGGAGUAGCCUAAAGUUACUCCCUGCUACCAUUUUUCCGUUGUUACAUGUACCCAAUCAUUUGGCUGAACUUUAUAACUAAUUGUGUCAGAAAUAAAGAGUACAGCCAGACCUGAUUGUACAAGUGCAGUGACAUAGGAGGUGUGGAUCUGGCUGGUUACAAGUUGGCAGUCCAGUUUUGGACUGUGUCUAAUUGUCUUUUUGAUUGAAGCUGAUUGGCAAUGAACAUGUGUCAUAUUACUAGCACAGACCAAUGAUGUUGAUCCCUCCCCCAGUACAUGAUACUACUCAGCAGAACACAUCAAUUCAAGCAUAGGAAACAUCCCUGCUCUAUCGAAAAGUAGAUAUAAUACCUUGUAAAGAUUAUAAAUUAAAAUACUGUACCUGUCUAUCUACAUUAUUAUAAGAAUUUCAAAAGAGGUUAAUUAUUUUAUGCUGAAAUGGAUUUUGAGAAUAUUGUAUAGGGUGUACAUAGCCUUCAUUCUAAAAGAUAGAUUCCACAAAGUUGUGGCCAGUUUUAUUUUUCUGAAAGGAGGAUGGAUUUGUUAUUUAAACAAAUUGUAGUUAUUUAACUAAGAUUGUAUUAUUUUUAACUUGUGGGUUAGUAUUUAAUAUUACAAUUAUAGAUUGUAUGAUUGAGGUGCAGAGUGGGAUUGGGAAAGAUUAAGCAGAGUAAUGUUGAAGGGAGAUUAUCUCCUAUUCCUUCCGUGAAGGCAUUGAGCUGGUGGAGGGGUAGGGUUUACUACGAUGCUACAAGUCCUUUGGCACCUCAUGGGAAACCAUGUGUGAAUGAAAACAAAUGUUAUCAAGCAAUUCAAGCAUAGAAGACAACAUAAGUGAAGUCCCCACAGGUGCAUUUCACAGGAGAGUCACUGGAUAGAAAUUGAGUGUUGAAACCCUGACUUCUUUUGCCUCCCUGAGGUCAUUUGAAGUACUGCAGAUACACUGCCCGUCUUCAGCUAAAUUGAUGUUUGCCAGAGACCAAAUUUAAAAAAACCUUCUAGUCCUCACAGCUCUAUUUUGUCUACGAGUGUGAUAUCUCUCUUUUGUCUGAACUAAUUGCCACCAAAAAAUCUAAUUCUUUUUACCACCUCUUUACAAUUUAACAUUUCAACUUGCUUCAUAGUUUAACUACAAAACAUGAUUGCAAAACUCUGAUAGAAAACAAUACAUAACUAUAGUUACUGUAAGCCUACUGAAGGAGUCUAUGGUGGAUGAUUUACUUAGUCUAAUGUGAUCUUAGGUUGAUUAAAAGUGAAAAUUUCAGGGAGAUGUCAGAGAAAGGACAUUGCUGCGUUCAUCAACAUUGCAAAUCUUAGCUAUCUCCUCUGUUGUAUUGCUUUAUAAGCUUAUCCGCAGAUACCUUCUAUGUUCUGCCAAUCUAUCUGGCUAAAGUUAUCUGAUUGAAGCCACUAUAAUUUGCAUUAUGCUGUUAUGGCAGAGAAUGAUUUAUAUUGUAGAUUUUGAUUCAUAAUUGCGUGCAAUUUUGUAAUCUUUAGACUGAUACAAAACCACCAUGCAGUGAAGAAGAUUUUCACUGUGAUGAGACUGCUUAAACAAAGAAUUAUUUUGUGUUUUCCAAAGCUUAUUUUGCUAUACAAUUAUAACUGGUUCUGUACCUUGUGUAAAUAAUGACUUUGGAUAAUAAAUAUAUAAUAACAAGUGCACUUGCUAAGACUGUUUCUCCAUGAGGAGACGCCUAUUUUUAAAUUUGUAAUGCUGUGGUUUGCUCCAUAAUGUGUGAAGGAUGUAGAAUUUGGUAGGAUUUUAUUUUGAACAUCUCUAUAUUCUCACACAAACUCAUCCUGGAAAUUCCACAGAAUUACUGGGCAAAUCUGGGUGAUUAUGUGGAUUGAGUUUAUAUCUAAUUGAACUGGUGAAAAUAAUGGCAGGUUUUAUUCAAGUAUAUAGGGGAAAUACUUCUUCUAGCCAGAGAAUGGGUAACUAGACAUAAAUCAAAGAGCAGCCGUUAGAAAAAGAAAUUGUUCUGUGCAGAAGUGCCAGGAGAGUGAUGAAAAUAAUAUCCAUAGUUACGGAUGGAAAUGAAUGCAUAUUUGAAAAGGCAAAAGGAAAGAGAUGGAAAUGAGAUAGUAGACUGCUGGCAAAGUUUUGAUUGGGUGGGAGCACUUUUCUGUUGGUGGGGGUUGGGGGGAAAUUAAAUGAAUCUAUCUCCAAAACAGAUUGAACAGGCCCCUUCCUAUAGUACAUUGUGAUGAUGCUUUGCUGUACACGCUUUGUAUAUUGGACUAGAUUUUAGUCUUCACUCUGUGGCUGUGUUUGGGUAAAGCAGAUCCCUAAUCCUUAAUACCCAUUUGAUUUUUCAAUGGAAUGAAAGUUGAGGGAAGCUUCAUUAAGAGUGUGUUAUCUGCUCCACCAGAUCACACUCCAGUCAGUGAAGACUACAUUCUGCCGUAUAGUUUCUUCAGGACUUGCCAUCUCUUUGAAUUGGGAAGAGAGUUGCUUGAAAUUUUGCAGAAUUGGUGAUGCUGUUUCCUUAUAAUUCAGUGAGCUAAAGUCCUGACUUUUCUACCCUGGAAAAACUGCAAUGGUUUGGAAGGGAAUUGUUAACCACAACCAGCAAGACAGCCUGUCCACAACAUAGCUCGACUUAGUUUAGGCCACGUUGUUAAAAUCAAAGGAAGAUCCUGCAUUAAGGGUACAGUUUGGUUUGUAUUACAACCUUUUGUAGUUACGGCAUCUGUAACAACUUGCAUUCAUAUAGCGCCAUUAAAGUGACAGAACUUUCCAAACCACUUGCCAAGAACAAUUAUCAACCAUUAUGUAAUAGUGAGCCACAAAGAGGCAUUAGGAUGUGACCAAAUCCUGGUCAAAGAUGUGAGCUUUAGCUGCAUCUGUAGAUAUGAGAUUUAGACAUGGAAUCCCAGUGUCAAAGACCUGCAUUUAAUGGAGUAAUGAGAAUUGGAGAUAUGCAGGAUGCCAAAAUAGGAGGAACAUAGAUAUCAAAGGGCUAUAGCGCUGGGAGAGAGAAGAUGGGCAAAGCUAGAGAGGGAUUUGAAAAAUGAUGAGAAUUUUAAAAAUGAGCUAUUGCUGGAUGGGGAGACCAUGUAAGUGUGUGAACAGGAAAAUGAUGGGUGAAUGGACAGUGCAUGUUAGGAUAUUGGUAGCUGAAUUUUGGAUGUGUUCGAAUUUGUGCAGGGUGUAAGGCAGGAGAGCAUUGGAAUAGUGAAGUCUAGGGGAACAAGGUUACGGAUGAGGAAUUCUGCGAGCAGGCAGGAGGUGAGAGUCGACACUCUUGGUGAUGAAGUGUAACGGGUUUGGAAAGAGCAUUGGGUGAAGUAGGAUGACAAGAUUGUGUUUGGUUUGGCUAGGGAGAAGGUUUGUGUCAGUGGUCAAGAAACAAGGUUAGUGAUGGUGCCUGAAGAAGAUGGGUGGUCAGUCCAAAGUAUAACCGGAGAAAGCUUCUGCUCAUCUGAUACUGGAUGCUGGAUAGGUUUUUUGAUGAUUUACAAAGUAAGAAUUCUUUACCAGUUAUUGGUGUGGCAUAAAAUGCAGUCUAUAUGCACCAUAUUUCCACUUCUGGCUUCUGCAUUCAAGCACUGAAAUUAGUGGUAUAGUUCACAAUGUAAUAAGAAGCACUCUUUUCCAAGAAUGGAGUGCUAUUGUAUUCUUUGCCGGAAAUAAACAAAUGGCACAAAUGUGAGGUCACUUAUUGAUCAUGAAACAAAUUGUCUGUGAUUAAUUGCUGCAGUGAGAAGAUUUUGUAUUGGAAGAAAGCUGAACAUUUUGCAAACUUCAUGCUGUUUUAGUAUUAUUCACGGAGAAGUAUUGUAUUCUAGCAAAACUUUGUGCCACAAGCAGCAAUACUUAAGGCAUGUGGUCAUUAUCUCACUGCUGCAUUUGAGACCUUGACAAAUGCAAAUUAGCUGUCAUGCUGCCCAACACCAGUAAAUACUGACUGUGCUUCAAAGCACUUUGAUAAAGCAAUGCACAUUUUAUUCAGGACUUCCUGAAACUGAAAGUUGCUAUAUAAAAUGCAAGCUUGUUUGUCAGUUGGCGAUAACUGCUCAAAAAGCAAACAACGGUGUCACUAUAUAAUAAUUGAUGGGACUGACUUGGAGCCAGAUGUCUUGUUCUGAGAAAAUUCAUUUGAAAUGCCUCGACUGAGAUAGGUAAAAGUAAUGCAUUUAAGUUCUCAUGUUAUGUUGGGACUGCAGACCAGAAGAGAAGCAUACUUUUUCCCUUCUAGUUUUGUCUUUUUUUAAGCUGCUACUUCUUAAGGUUAGUUUGCUCUGCUGUCUCUUUGUUUACAGAUUGUAUGUAAAUAAUUAAUGGCACUGCUUUGAUAGCCAGUAAACAAUUGUAGGAGGUAUUUUAUAUGCAGGGUUUUGAACAUGUUGGGACUUGUUAGCCAUUAUGAGUCUUUUCCUGCAGAUUACCACCAUGUUAGAAAGCAGUAAACAAUCCUAAUUGAUAUCACUUGCCAAGUUUCUCCCUCCUUUCUGUAAAGGUACUUGGCUUCUGGUGGAUAAGGCUUCAUUUCCACCAUACCCAUUCCUCAUAUAUUGGUCCACUGAGGACAUGGACCCAAGUGAAAUCCAUAUCUGAUCAUGUGUGCCCACCCAUACACUGACAAACACACGUGCGUUUUCUCUAUCAAAUAAUCAAGUUAGCAAUCGAGAGCAAGAAUUUCAGGUGACUUUGUUUUAAAAUCUCCCCUUAUACGUCCCAUAUCCCCAGCCAAAACUAACCCUGUUUGAAAAUGGCUCUCUGGCUGAGGGUUAACUCAGCAGAGAGUAGGAUUUAACCACAGAUUGAUGGCUUGUAUGCCUUCAUAUCACUUGGGGGCUGCCUUUAUCUGCAAGGCCAAGAGACGGAGUUUAACUUUAUAUUCAUUGAUUUUGAACAUGGCAUAGUUCAGAUCCAGGGUUUACACUUUUCAUUGUUCUUGCACCGUUGUGUUGUAAUAUUCAGUCUUUUAAUUUUCUGAGUUAAUUAAUAAAAUAUUGCAUUUA